AUGAUUGUUUUUUUUAUUAUAUCAAUUAUUUCCUAUUUAAGUAUCUUUAUUGAAGGAACUCCUUCUGUUUACUCAUGUCCUGGAAAUGGAAAUUUAUUAGGAUUUAGAAAUAAUUAUCUUCCCUCAUUUCAAGGAGCUUUAGGUGGUAAUGUAGGUGUUGGAGAAAUAUGUGGUACUGGAAGUAUUUUUCAUUAUUGGUCAUGUUGUGAAGAAAAUCCUUUUAUGUGUUGUAUGAGAUUUGAAACUUGGUUUAUAGUUUCAUUUUGGAUAUCAUUAACAAUUUUUUUAAUAAUAAUAUUUUUUGCCACUUUUCGUUAUCUUACCAAAUAA